AUGGGUCGUGCACCAUCUCCCUCACCCCCACCUAUUGUCUCCCAGCGCUCUGGACGGAGAAUCCGCAUGCCUGCGCGCUUUGCGGACUUCUUGCCGGGGUCAGCGACUCACCUUGCGCAUAUGCCGCCCUCCACCCGUCAGCAACGCGGACAUGAUGUCAUCACGGAUCAACAUGCGGAUCAACACGCGCCUCGUAUGCCUUCCCCGGUGCAGUCAGAACACGAUGCCCCCCCGCUUUUCAUACCCUUUGAGACGGAACCUAAUGCAGCAGGUCUCUACCGGGUUUAUCCUACCCGCCCCAGCAUACUCCCCAUUGAAAAUACCCUCGAGAGUGUCACCGAUGCUCCUACACUCGCUGGAGGUGAUCGGGUUCCAGACUCGAGUCGAAUCACCGAAGGAUUGUCGUCCAAGGUGAUUGAACAGGACGACCUAUAUGCAGCCUUCUCCAACCCGACUUCUGGCCUCCUUAUGGCUUACCAUUACUCUGGAACCGGCCAGCACGAUGCCAAUUCAUUUUCCCAUACCCGGGAAUCCAAAAAUAUCGACGCCUACCUGGAGAAGAAGUCUAAUCCGUUCCACCAGGAAUAUGGCUGGCGCCAAUCUGCCGUCAAGAUCAGGCUACCUAAAGAGGGUGAGAAGUGGGACGCCGAGUCCGAGGCCCCAGAACUCGAAAUUCCUGGUGUGCAUCAUCGAUCGAUCACUGAUAUCAUUGAGUCCGUUUUCCAGGAUGACGUCGCUACAACUUUCAACAUGACGCCUUAUCGCGAGUUCUGGAAAUCUCCGGACGGACGGGACAUUGAGGUCUUCUCAGAAGCAUACUCUAGCCCCGAAAUGGUCGAAACAUACGCGGAAAUUAACAAUUUGCCCCGCGAAGAAGGUGAUGAUCUCGAGCGCACCAUCGCAUCACUCAUGUUCUGGUCGGAUGCCACCCAUCUGGCGAAUUUCGGCGACGCAUCACUCUGGCCGUUCUACCUCUAUUUCGGCAAUCAAUCUAAGUACAUCCGAGGCAAACCAACCGCCUCUGCAUGUCAUCACGUCGCCUACAUUCCAACAUUGCCCGAAGAUCUUCAAGAUCAAUACAGGGCUAUAUUUGGCGAGCCUUGCACAAGCCAGGUCUACACGCACUGUAAGCGUGAACUAAUGCAGGCCAUAUGGGCUUUACUUCUCGACGAGAAGUUCAUGCACGCGUAUGAAUAUGGUAUUGUAAUAAAAUGUGGGGAUGGUAUCACUCGUAGGGUAUUCCCCCGUUUUUUUACAUAUUCAGCCGACUAUCCCGAGAAGUGA